AUGCUCCUCCUCACCGAAAUCCCGCGCGACCAGAGCCCAGGAGUGUGGGCUGAUAAGACCGAUAAGAAGCGGUCCAGACCUCCUCAAGUGCGACAGGAUGCCAAAAGCCAGCCGCGGGGGUCUGGGUCGUGCAAGGCCUUCCGAAGCGAGCGAGGGCUGAGAGGACAUGGGUUAUGGUUGGGCUUGUCUGGCCUCCGGUCCGGUGGUGGACAGGAGCCCUUGCCAGGUGGUGGGAUCCGCCUCCGGAACUCCUUUGUGCCUCACGACCCUGAGCCGAUUUCUGGAAAGAUGACUGUUGCCCCGCAUGAGGGAUGGCUGGACUUGGACGAGUGUGGUCAGCGCAGCUUCUGUCUUGCAGAUGCCCUGCAUCCCCUCUUGGAGCCGCUGUUCCACGUAGGGCAGAGGCCCGUCAAGGCGUCGAUGACUGUGCAUGGGUGUAAGUGGCCAUGUCCUUCUUGCAGAAAGUCAACGCCAGUGUUUUGGGUCCCGAAUAACUCGCAGCUUUCGUCGAAUCUGUUGCGCGAGGCACACCGGCGAUGGAAAUCUCGGGUCGGAAAAUAUCUAUCUGAAGUCGAGAGAGCGCGGCCAGCAACAGUCCUGGGGCUGGCCCCAACCACGGGAAAGAGGGUUUUUCUGUCGGCCGACGGCAUGAAGCUAGGGAACCCAAACGCACGCUCAUCGUUCCAUGGCGAUGGUUCUCUAACUUGGUCUACCCUGGUAGAUCCCGAGCACCGGCCAUCACUAGCAACCGUCUGGUUCGGUAGCACAAUAUCGGUCGCAAGUGAGAGAGACAGAGAGGCACGAAGUUAA